AUGCAGUACGCCAACGGCACAACCGUCCGCUUGCCCGGUCCGGCACGCAUCAUCCUUGCCGCGUCCGGAAGCGUGGCGAGCAUCAAAAUUCCUAUCCUCGUGCGGAAGCUCAAGGAACUGCAUAAGAGCGAUAUAGAAAUAAAGGUCAUAUCCACAACACAUGCCCUUCACUUCUUCGAUCGUACAGUGGUAGAGGCGGAAGGGGUGCCAGUCUACACCGACGCCGAAGAAUGGGCAGCCUGGACUAAAAUGUCAGACCCAGUCUUACAUAUCGACCUGCGAGCCUGGGCUGACGUGCUAGUCAUCGCACCGCUGUCCGCCAAUACACUCUCCAAACUCACCUCAGGCGCUUCUGAUAACCUCCUCACAUGCGUCCUCCGUGCGUGGGACACGUCCAAACCAGUGAUUCUUUGCCCAGCGAUGAACACGCACAUGUGGACGCAUCCCUUCACCGCGCGACAUUUGGAAGUUUGUACGUCAUAUCUAGGGUACAGAGUUAUCGAUCCUGUAGUGAAGAAGCUGGCAUGUGGUGACCUGGGCAAUGGGGCGAUGGCGGAGGUGGACACUAUUAUUGGAGUAUUAGGGCCGGUAAUCGAGGAGGUUAAAAAGGUGGCUCAGCAAGGUCACAUCAGCAUCACAGCCGCCGCCAGUCCGCAGGACGUUCUGCAAUCUAAUUUGGGGCCAACGGGGAUGCAGAAAAUGUGA